UCGGGCGCAGCCGCCGAGCCUGGGGCGAGCGCAGCCUCUUGCCCGCCGCCCGUCCCCGCCGCCCGCAGCCUCGUCCCCGCCGCCGCCGCCCCCGGGGCAUGGCCUGUCUGACGGCCGCUUUCUCGGUCGGCACCGCCAUGAAUGGUACCAGUUACUCUGCAGCAAUGACAGAGCCCAAGUCAGUGUGCGUCUCUGUGGACGAGGUGGUCUCCAGCAACAGGGAGGUCACGGAGACGGAGCUGCUGAACGGACAUCUGAAGAAAGAGGACAACAGUCUCACAGAGGCCCAGCGCCUCUCCUCCCUGCCGCGGAGGGCGGCUGUGAACAUCGAAUUCAAGGACCUUUCCUACUCGGUCCCAGAAGGCCCCUGGUGGAGGAAGAAAGGAUACAAGACCCUUCUGAAAGGAAUUUCUGGAAAGUUCAACAGUGGAGAGCUGGUGGCCAUCAUGGGCCCUUCCGGGGCUGGGAAGUCCACGUUCAUGAACAUCCUGGCCGGAUACAGGGAGACUGGUAUGAAGGGCGAGGUCCUCAUCAACGGCCUCCCGCGGGACCUACGCUGCUUCCGGAAGGUGUCCUGUUACAUCAUGCAGGACGACAUGCUGCUGCCACACCUGACCGUGCAGGAGGCCAUGAUGGUGUCUGCACAUCUGAAACUCCAGGAGAAGGACAAAGGCAGAAGGGAGAUGGUCAAGGAGAUCCUGACGGCCCUGGGCCUGCUGUCUUGCACCAACACGCGGACCGGCAGCCUCUCGGGCGGCCAGAGGAAGCGCCUGGCCAUCGCGCUGGAGCUGGUGAACAACCCUCCGGUCAUGUUCUUCGAUGAGCCCACCAGCGGCCUGGACAGCACCUCCUGCUUCCAGGUGGUCUCCCUGAUGAAGGGGCUGGCCCAGGGCGGGCGGUCCAUCAUCUGCACCAUCCACCAGCCCAGCGCCAAGCUCUUCGAGCUGUUCGACCAGCUUUAUGUCCUCAGUCAAGGACAGUGUGUGUACCGGGGAAAAGUCUCAAAUCUUGUACCGUAUUUGAAGGAUUUAGGUCUGAAUUGCCCAACCUACCACAACCCGGCUGAUUUUGUCAUGGAAGUCGCGUCCGGUGAAUAUGGCGAUCAGAACGGCCGCCUGGUGAGAGCCGUCCGGGAGGGCAUGUGUGACUCUGAGUACAGGAGAGAGCCCGGAGGUGAUGGCGAGGUGAACCCUUUUCUUUGGCACCGGCCCUCUGAAGAGGUAAAGCAGGCAAAACGAUUGAAGGGGUGGAGAAAGGACUCCACUUCCAUGGAAGGCUGUCACAGCUUCUCUGCCAGCUGCCUCACCCAGUUCUGCAUCCUCUUCAAAAGGACUUUCCUCAGCAUCAUGAGGGAUUCGGUCCUGACGCACCUGCGGAUCACCUCCCACAUUGGCAUCGGCCUCCUCAUUGGGCUGCUCUACUUGGGGAUCGGGAACGAGGCCAAGAAGGUCCUGAGCAACUCCGGCUUCCUUUUCUUCUCCAUGCUCUUCCUCAUGUUCGCAGCCCUCAUGCCCACCGUCCUCACGUUUCCCCUGGAAAUGGGAGUGUUUCUUCGAGAACACCUGAAUUACUGGUACAGCCUGAAGGCCUACUACCUGGCCAAGACCAUGGCCGAUGUGCCCUUCCAGAUCAUGUUCCCCGUGGCCUACUGCAGCAUCGUGUACUGGAUGACGUCCCAGCCGUCCGACGCCCUGCGCUUCGUCCUCUUCGCGGCCCUGGGCACCAUGACCUCGCUGGUGGCGCAGUCUCUGGGCCUGCUGAUCGGAGCCGCCUCCACGUCCCUGCAGGUGGCAACCUUCGUGGGCCCCGUCACAGCCAUCCCCGUCCUCCUCUUCUCAGGAUUCUUCGUCAGCUUCGACACAAUCCCCACCUACCUGCAGUGGAUGUCCUACAUUUCCUACGUCAGGUAUGGGUUUGAAGGGGUCAUCCUCUCCAUCUACGGCCUCGACCGGGAAGACCUACACUGUGACAUCGAUGAUACGUGCCACUUCCAGAAGUCGGAGGCCAUUCUCAGAGAGCUGGACGUGGAGAACGCCAAGCUCUACCUGGACUUCAUCGUCCUGGGGAUUUUCUUCAUCUCCCUGCGUCUCAUUGCCUACUUUGUGCUGAGAUACAAAAUCCGGGCAGAGAGGUAAAGCACUGGAAAGCCAGAGAGAGGAAAAUUGGACACAGUGGCCAAGGGCCACUUGCAGAACCUGCGGCAAGCCCGGGCCCGAGGACACAGACACUCCUGGGACCCAACCCCUGGGACCACGUUUGGUUGUUGGGCGUCCAGUGCUGGACAUCGCCGCCCCGCUGGGUUGGGCCUUCUCUCCAUUACCCUUUCUAGCUGUAACUAAGAAGAAGAUGUAGAAAAGUUUUUUUUCCCACGUGCAGGAUUUUAGAAUACCACCCCUCAGGCAGAAUUUAAAACUGCAACAAAGCUGGUGACGAGGGGGUUUCUCGGCAAAAUUCUUCCUUCUGACCAGGGAGCUCUGGUCCUGGACGGGGGAUUCAGGCAGCUUCCUGGGGAUCCCUGUGCAGUCAGACGUCCAGGGGCAGAAAGGCGAAGCCAGGAGCCGAUUCCAUUCUGUGACUGGUGUUUUCGUAGUUUCACCUUUCUACGGUUUGUCUCUUUUUCCAAUGAGGUCAUUUUCCAAGCCAAAAGUCGAUAAAUUUCAUUCAUUUCCAGAAACUGUACCUUUUUAGUACUUGGUGAAGAAAAUUAUUCAGGGUAAAUAUACUUUGUUUAGAGAUGAGAGGGGUUUGACUUGAUCGCUGAGCUGGUCUCAUUUACAGACAGAACUUGGGAAAGACACAGAAGCCGGCCCCGGGUUGAAGGAUGACCUUGGAACCGUAUGCACUAAGCCGUGUGGAAAUCUUUUAAAGUUACACAGAAAGUUGUAAGGUGAAAUUGGCCAUCUCUUUCAAAGUCUUUUAUUUUCCCCAUGCUUCUUACUUUAAGCAAAAUAUAUUGGUUUUUUUUCUUCAUAACUUUCCAAGCACCUUAAUUUUGCCUAAAAAAAAAAUUCUGGAAAAUCAAUCCUGUUGAUUUUUUACAAACAUUUCUCUUCCCUGACAUAUCACAUCAACUACCUCCACUGAACCUGGGGAAGCUGGGCUUAGAGAAACUCCAGGUGUGAACGUUGUGGUAUCUGCAGGUGUAGCCCGCAAAAGAUGCGCUAACUUCACAGGAGGGAAGAUGGUGAGAUUUCCUGAGAAUCCAAGGCCUUUGCCAGAAACUGGCGAAGACUUAGUGUGGCCGAGGUGUCUGGAGCUCCAUCAGAUCAUUCACUGAGAGCCGUGGGAGAUUCCGUCUCCCACAUCUGGUUUCCAUGGCAUCUCAGCGGCACCUUCACCUUCUCAGCGCCGGGCUACCAUAGUCUUUCCAGACCAGAAACUCCUUUCCAGUGAUGCAGUCACAUAAGUAAAAUCCCUCUAGCACAGGAGCAGUGGGCAUAUCUGCAGGGUAAAUGGCCUUUGAAUUCAUGGCGGGCACCCGUGUGCUUGUUGGCGGCAGUAUGACCCCAGGGUGGAAGGGGACUCUGGCCAAAGAAGGUCCUCGGAAGGAAAAUGGAAUCGCUUUCCCCUUCUCAAAUGCCGAGAACCUGGAAUCAGGGUCUCCUAAUGAAAGACUGUAUUUUUUGUGGACAGAUUCAUUCAUCUCCCUGAGCCUCAGUUUCCCCACCUGUAAAGAACAGCACGAGAUCGUCCUCAAGGUCAUGUUCAGCUCUGAAAGGUUCUGAGAUUCCUAGGUUGUGUUCCAGAACUUUUAUUUCCUAUUUAAGAGAAUGAGAAAGGUGCAAAUUUUACUCACACUUGGAUUUGAUUUGCAAAUGCUUAGGGGCCUCUUCGUCACCCUUAGAUCCCUUUUAGUAAACACAAUUGAGGUAUUUUAAAUGUAAUCUUACGUUUGCCUGUUUUACACCAAUGUGGCGUGGCCUUCCAGAUUAAGUUACUUAACCAGGGUCAAACUUAGCCUUUAUAAAAAGUCUUUAUUCAGUUUCAAGAUAGACUUGCCUGUACGAAUGUCACACGUAGGAAGACACACAUGGGAACAGCCUGGUGAAAUAGAGAGUUGGGAAGAGGAAAAGUCCUGGACCAUGCCUCAGAAUUACAUCAGCUGAGGCCAGUGUUGAAAGAUUUUUCCCUCCAGGUGAGUCCUUCCGGUCGUGGGUCUGUGAGCCCAGGAAGGACAUGCACACGGGUAUUUUUUAAAGGAUGCCACCUGGAGUGCGGUGAGUACACUGAGGUCACCACCGCAGGACAACCUGAUUAGGAGGACCUGAGGCCGGGUCCAGUGAGGAUGUCGACCUAGGAAGCUGCCUUCAUCACUCUUCAAGUGUUAGCGAUGCCCCUCACUCCAGCUUUCUCAUCCUAAACCCUCGGCAGCAUAGACCCAGACGCUGCAGUUUGGAUCUCCAGAUGCUUCCCCUCUGCUUUUUGCCGUAGGGAAGAUUGAUGAAACACCUUAUUGCACUGGCCCAAGAAAACAUGCAAGUACCUUGUUGAUUUUAUUUUUCUAAGUAGGUGUCGUUAAGAAGUGGGGCCGGGAUGACGUGCUGUCUUUCAUACACUGGAAUUUAAACCAGGCCGACUUCCCAAAUCUACUCCUUUUAAGUAAUUUCUGAAUGUAAUGACUCGGAUCUUCCUUUCGCCUCUGAUUGCGCUUCUUCGUUUAGAAGGAAGGAGGAAACAUCGGGUGAACGACGUGCAGCCUUUCCAGUUGUUAGUAGAGAUGAACGUGGAAGUCCAAAGAACAUCACUGUUAAUGGAACUGGGGAGAGGAAGGGCCUCUGCUGGGUUCUAGUGCCCGCUCCGCGGAGGCGUCAGGGCCUGGGUCUGCUGACCAGCCCUGUCUCGGGGGCCAUGCACCUCUGUCCACGUUCAUAGCAUUUUGUGCCUCCGUUUCUUCUACCCUUGCUGGGUAUCAGCUUGAGAAUUAAAUGCUUCAAAAGCUCCUGUGUGGGUGACAUGGGAAGGAAAGAAAUCAGGUAAACAUUUUACAUAGAAGGUGCUGGAAUCAUCAGCAUCAGUCACCUUGUGGGGAGGGGCCUUCAGAACCAAGAAAUAGGACUUAAGCUUUUAGGUAAAAACUCAUCCUGGAGACCCACAAAAAGGUCAUUUUCCCACCUGAGAAAGGCAGUGCCAGGAGGUCAGGGGCGGGCUGAAUCCAUGGGGUAGAAAGCCCUCCAGUGGGUUCACUGAGGAGAGAGCAGCUUGGGCCUCAGUGCCCCAAGCACCCUUCCUUGCCCGGUGGCCCGGAGCUGGCUGGGUGCCUUACCAACGCCUCUGUUCAAUUACUCACUCAGCAGACGUGUGUUGACCCAUCCCUGCAUGCUUGGUGUGGCCCAGGCACAGGGGCUUGGAGCUCAGACCGGGCUCGCCCUGCAGUGCUGGCAGGCCGUAGGGGAUCUUGUUCUGCAGACGCAGGGCGCCGAGGCUGGAGAGGGUCCGUGAGACGCCGGGUCCAGGGCCGGGAAAGGGCCCAAGUCUGACCCCAAAUUCUCUGGUUUUUGUUUUGCCGUAUUGCCUCCUGUUCAUAGUGUGCAAAUGUACGUGAAAACGCUUUGCAAGGUCUGAAGUGCAAUACUAGGUUAGCUCUGGACUUGCUGUCACCAAACGGACAGCUGAGAUGGGGGGUAGCCUGUGCCCCUUUCCUCAAUUGCCUGGCGUAGGGGUGUCCCGAGCUGGCCUGGGGGUCUAGCUUCUUACCCCCCUGUCUCAGUGGAGAGGUGCCUUCCUCUGCCCUUGUUUAGCCUUGGCUUCUUAACUCAGUGUACCAGUGGGCUGGCUGGGGCCCGAGAGGGGCUGGUGUGUGUGUGUGUGCGCAUGCGUGCGUGCCUAUGAGCGUGUGCAUGCACACACGUGUGCACACACACGAGGGCACGUGUCAGCUCGAUCCGGGUAUGUAUCUCAUAGUAUUAUCUGUGGUGUUUCUAAAUCCUCCAUCGUCCUUUACUGCAAGAGAGAAAGAGAAAAUUCCCUCACUUCAUGCCUGCCGAGCAGAUAAAGUGUAGUCAGAACCCAGUAAGUCUUUCAGCAAAUGCCAGCUCAAUUAGAAUGUGACAAAAACCAAAACAAAACAACCCAGCAGGGCGGAGGGUGGUGCAGCGUGUAUGGCUAUAAAGUUAGAUGCUCUGAAGAAAUAAGAUUGCUAAUAAAAUAUUUUAUAUAAAACUUUUUACUUGUGUUCAGUGUUAAAUGCUUCAAAUUCAAAAUAACUGGCUUGAACUGUACCAGGUAAAGGGGAUUUUUAGGUUGUAUUUGGAAUAUCUUUGCUGUAUGUCUAGCAUGGGUUCUGGUUCAUUCCUCAGUGUUCUGGUCUAACACCCCAUUGUCAAUAGUCACCUUUCUCUCUUGGUAACUUUCAUGUUUUAGGUUGAACUGUCUUAAAGUUUUGUGUUUUUCCUCCAUUUUCCAGCCUCCUCACCUAUGUCUUCCCUCUUGUUAACGUCGGCCGGGGCUUUAAGAAUUGCCCAGAGCCCAGAUGCACGGGCCCCACGUGUGCCUCCCUUGCGAUGGUCCCCGGGAACACGGGGCCUGGGCGGGAGGACCUAGGAGCCGGGUGUAGGGUGUUGUCUUAGCUCAGCUUCCCAGCUUCGGUGGGUAAAGUACACUGAGCCGCGCUUCUGAGAGCAGCGUGCUUAGGGCCAGGCUGUCAUCCCCGGCUUGCCUUCCUCCCCAGGGACACAGGGCAGAAUGCGGUGCUGGGCCAAGUCCCAGAGUGGACGGCCCCUGCAGUCCCGCCAAGUGACAGGGAGAGAGGGUGCGGGGAGCAUCAGAGAGCGCCCUGGGGUGGGGCAAGCUCACGAGGCUCCUUUGGCCUCUGCUCUGCACCCCUCCUGCCCUGCGGACCCCGCCCUUCUUCUGUGCGGCUUCCAUUAAGGUCGUGGUCCGGUCCUUCAGGUCCCUGCACUUGGCCUCCUGACUCAGGGAGAUUCCCCGGAGACAGUCAUCCUCUGCCAAAGCCAGAUGUUCCUGACGUCCCUGUUGGCACCUCCCUGGGACCAGAAGCAGGAAGAAGUCGGGGAGCCCCGCACCCCCAUUGCACAGUCCAAUUUUCACACCUGCAGGCUCCGCUCAGCCUGUGCUGAAAAGCCAGCCUCCUGGGCAGGAAGUCGGCGUGAAGGUGAUGCACUCACGCCCGUCCUUCUACGGGCCUAGCCUAGGUUUUCUGUUAACUAUCGUGUCUCCUUCCCUUCUUCUCCCCAUCUUUAAGGAAACGAGGGUUUAACAUUAGCUUAAUUUUUUAUGUUACCUCUGAACAGUCCACUUGGAAUCAUUCCUCAAACUGACAUUCUGUGGCCUGGUCGAGCGGGCCCUGAGGCCAGCCAAGGAAGCCAGGUUUCUACAAAUGACUAAAGUGAGCACAGGUCAGGCUCAGAGCCCCUGACCACCUCCCUGUUCUCAAAAUAGUCCCUUGGUGUCGAAAAGGAGAAAGUACCCCAGGCACACUGGCCAUCACGUUCUGUCCAGCCAAGGGGUCAUCACUGGUAGGGGCAUGGCUUCGGGGCUUUUCCACAAUAUAAUGACCAUUGUAAAGCUGAAGAGAAAGGGACAGGAGCACAAAAGUGCCCUUGUGUUGUCACAGGCUGGGUCUGAGCCCUGUGUGUACACAGCUGGAGGGCCCGGCCCACCGGUUCCCAGGGAGACACCCCAAGCCAGGGACGUGGCCACAGGCACGUGUGUUUCUCCCUGGGGUUCGUGGUUUGACCCAGAUGUUGGGAACGGCAUGAGCCCAAGCCACACAAGCGAAAAAUAGCAAAGCUGGAAAUGAUUACAUUCAGCUGAAGUGUUCUCUCAGUGGCGUCGCCCCACCCUCUGCUUGGUGUGUCUGAAUAAGCAUGAAAGAGAGCCCUGUUGAUCACCUGUGGGCCCCUUUGACCUGUACUUUGCACGUGAACCUAACCGUGGCCCUGAUGCUGUGUACAGUUAUAUGGUAUCUCCUACGUUCACUGAUGUUCAGACGUCUGAUUCUGGGGAACUUGUAAGCCACCUGCUGGUACCUCUGCAGGACGGGCGUCAUCCCUCACCUGCAGCGGGCACCUGAGCUGGGACGGAGAUGCUGAGGCUUGGCCGGCAAGCGUCGGAGUGAUGAGGUGUGACCCUCCCUGCCGCCUGCUUGGGGGCCAGUUCUCAAGUCCCCCAGGGCAUCUACUGGAAGGAGGGCUCAGGGAGCCCUUGCUGCCAGCACUGGGCGUGGAGUGUUCUUUCAUCUCCCCUGCCGUGAGGUGAUUGUCCAGCGUCAGCCCCUUCCUUCCAUCACAGCCCUGGAUCGGCACGGUGGAGCUUUCUAGAAAACGGUGUUUACCCAACAGGGCUUUGCUGAAGCAGAGGAAACAGCAGGUUCAUCCAUUUCUGGGGGAGAAGUUACCAAACCGACCUCCGCUCUUGGGGCCCCAGCAUGUGCUCUCUUUUGCUGGGUGGGAUGGAUCAGGCCUUGAAGGGAAAGGCUGAAAGUCAUGGGUACCUGGGGCAAGGUUAAGGUCCCUAUAUUCAUGGGUUCCUGGACAUCCCGGGUGCAACCUGAUCUGAAAGGUACCACGGUUGGUUUCUCUGAGAAUAUGUCAGUGGCCGUGGUAGAUACUUUGUUUUUAUAUCUUUACAUGUUUUCACUAUUCUGUCAUCAUGUACCUUGGGGGUCUCUUUUCCACAACCUUUGGGACACGGGUUGUCCAAGCUUCAUCAUAAAUAUCUCAUUUCAAGUCCUCGGCCAGUGAAAAAUGGUAGCCGAAGGUCCUAUCAUCCAAACUGCUAACAAAAUGGACCACCCACCUCACACAAGGAGUCUUCUGUUUCUCUAGUCAAAUGCUCCCUGGGGAAGGGGGUGACCAGAAAUGAGUUUCUCAUAGAAUGUGUAUGUUUAAAAAGUUAGCAUGUGUAGCUGACCCCCUUACCCGGGUUUGUGUUUCCUUUGCAGACAUAGUGGCUUAAUACCUGCUCAUAGCUGAAUCUGAAUCGCUGCCUUUUACUUAAUGGUUAGCUAUUUAACAUUUUUCCUUUGUUCUUCCUUCCAAAGCAAGAGUCAAUGCAAAUAACAUUUUAAAUCAUCGUGUAAAGAUGUGCAUAUAUCUGUAUAUCUAAUAUGUAAUUAUGUAAUGUCUGGUUUUUAUAAUGCUGUGUGUAUAACCUUACAUUGAUUUAGCCACAUGACUUUAGGAAAUACUGUGCUUGCACGCUGGGAGAGGUGUGCACUGUCCCAGAUGAGAACGACAUCUGUACAUACGUGCACAUAUAUGUGUGUGUGUGUGUGUAUAUAUGUAUAUAUAUAUAAAAUAACAGCGGCUCCCUUGGGUACUUGUCUCCUUGGCUGUUUCCCUUGGGUCUAUUGGAACAUAGACCCAAGCAGACCCUAAGAUGUGAGCUUUCUGACUCUACAGACCGUGGUCCUGCUUUGUAUAUUUCUGCAGAGAUCUCCUUAGAAAAUUUGUACGUGCAUUUUUUGCAGACUUGAACUUUGUUUUCUGAAGUUAGAUGCCAUUUAUGAA